CUUACCCAAAACGCACACUUCCUACAUUCCACACACAAUAUAAGAAUCGAAAGGACAAUUUUCAAAAUACUGCCCGAUACAUCACAGGGGUUUUUAGGCUGAAGCUCGUGAGGGAUAAAUCCUUACCUAAUUGUGCUUCUCUCCACCAUCAAUGGCGGAGAGUUCUUCGGCUCCGCCGAGCACUGGCAAGCCAGUAAUUGUUAGGGUUAAACGGAAAGCUUGCCAAUCGGCCCUCGAUGCUUUUUGGCUGGAGAUUCACGAGAGGCCGUUAAAACGACCUUUGCUCGACUUUGGUAAUCUAUCAAUAUCAGAUGAUUCCUCGAGUAAAGCGAAGGAAUUAAAAACUAAGAAGAUUCUUGUACGGCAUGUGGAGACUGUAUCUAGCGCUGAGAGUACAUUUGACGUGCUGCGAUCUUUUGUGCCUAAUUUGUCUGGUGAGUCCAAUUCUGCUGAGAAAACUGAGGGAAAACGCAGUUUUAAGACUGUAAAUAAACAGGAUCAGAUGCUGGUAAAAGCGAAAGAGAGUCAAGAGGCUGUAUCAAGAAAUGCCCGUUUUGAGCAAAUAUGGAGAAGCAGGAAGGAAAAGAAAGAAGCUCCAGAGGAUGAAGCUAUAUCGGAGAUAUGUCGGCUCUAUGAUGUUGUCCGGGUUGAUGCCGGUGAGCAGGGUCCGGAGGUGCAAAAGCAGAAAGACACAGAUUUGGACGACCACAGGAUGAUGGCUCAAUAUCUGCCCCUCCUGAGAGAUUUUUUGCCAUCUGCUGCUGUGGAGAUUGAAUCCGAUAUUCAUGAUUUAAUUUCCAAACAAGGCUCAUCCGAUGGUUAUGUAUACGAUUUCUAUGCCGUUAAUGAGGAUGCGGAUAUGAUGGAGGCUGAUUCCGUACACCCAUUUCCUUUGUGAGGCUUCGUGUCAUUUGAAUUCUCGAUUGAGGUAUUUAUUGUACACAUUUUAUUAUAUUUUUGUUUACUUAUCAUCAAUUGGUGGAUCAGGGUUCGAGUUGACGAUGACGAUGAGUUCUAUGAUGGUCCAGAUGAUUCGGAAUAUGAAACUGAUGAUUCUAACGCGGAAAACAAUCCCCUCAACGAUUAUCCUGAUGAGGAGACAUCUGAGGAGGAUGAGGACGAAGUCACUAGCAGAUCAUCUGACGAGAAAUCAGAAAACGAGAGUCGAACUUCUGGGACCGAUUCCCAAGAUUCUGAAAAUGAAACCCAAGUGUCGUUUGAGAAUGAUGAAUCGUAUGACUGGACGAACGAUGUUGAUGAAUACUCUGAAGACGAGUCUUACUCUGAUGGGGACAAUGAGCCGUAUUAUUGAGAGGAUAGGGUGAAUCGGGACAUAGCUCGAUUUUGGAUUUAGCAAUUGCUUUGUGUUGUCGAUUCCAUGCUCGGUUCUCGUAACUCCAAAUUGCUGCUGUGGUGAAAACUUCUAUCUUUUUUACUGAUUUUACAAGUUCAGGUGUGAAUUUUGAUUGAAAUCUUGUGAAUUCUUUGAUGGUUUCAUUUCAUUAUGAGAUUAGGACUUGUGAAGUUGAGACACUUUUAAUAUUUGACUUCAAAAUUGAAUUUUAGUCUAAAUUUGAUUUAACAACAAC